CAGGUAGAGUGUGGCGCAGCUAAAAUUCAGGCAUCGAAUCAAAUUCAACAAAACGAUGAACAAACAAACAAUGACUGCAGUCAGUGGGUGAUGCGGAUCGAUCACAAGAACUAAUGACUGCCUGCAUAAGAACAUAGACUUUCAAAUAGAAAAAAAAAUAUAAAACGGACCAUCGGCUGAACUGGACUGUACAUGUUUUUAUAUUAAUGGUUUUAUUCAUGUCCUGUGUGGAUGAUGAAAUGCUACAAGACAGAGCUUUCUGAGAACUCAGUGGGCCACACUGAAACACGAUUGAAUUUGCCUCUGAAAUUUUUAGCGGAGUGAGGUCAUGGCUACUGCUGCACCUGAGGAAGAGGAUGUAAACUGUCAACAACGCAGCAGAAGCCCUACAGAACUUCGACCUAACUUCAACACUAGCGAGCAACAAGUGAAGCGCCGAAGCAGUAUUACACGUCUGCCACCUGAAAUGUCUGAGAUGCGGGGUGUUCUGCUGGGGAGCAGCUGGUCCAAAAGGAGUACAGUGGGGAACUGCAUACUGGGAGAGACUGCUUUCAACACUGAGGAAGAGUCAGAUACAUGUCUAGCAGUCAGUGCAGUAAUUAAGGAGAAAAAAAUAGUUCUCAUUAACACUUCAGAUCUGAACAUCUCUGAAUACAAACUGACAGAUUUGAUAGAAAACUGUGUGAGGCUGUCUGAUCCUGGACCUCAUGUCUUCUUGCUGGUUCUGCAGUCUGAAGACUUCACAGAGCAACACAAACAGAGGCUACAUUCAGUCUUUGAAGUCUUCAGUGAGCAGUCUUUUCACCAUGCAUUGGUACUGAUUUCAACACCCAGAGAGGAGAGUUCAGGUCUCAUAGACAAAUAUUUACAACAUCCAGUGUUCGGAGAAAUGAUCCGAAAAUGUAGAAAGCAGUUAUUGUGGCAGAACAACCUCGAACGUUCAGAGUUGUUACAUUUAUUGAACCAAAUUGUUAAAGACAACGAUGGGAAUCAUGUCAGUUGUGAUAUGACUGAGGACACAAAGACGGAGGUGGUCAGCAGUGAGGGGGAUGCAGUCAGUGUGGAUCCUGCUGGAGAUGCUGGGGGCUAUUCUUUAUGGAACUCAGCAAAACACAUAGGGAAAACACUCAUCAAGUCCUACCUCCCACAGAUUCUAUCACCAGCAGGAAGUACAGUCAAACAGUUCACAGCUUUCAGGAUUGUGCUGCUGGGGAAAAGUGAAGACAAAAAAACUAAACUUGGUAACGUCAUCAUUGAUGGUCAAGGUUUUAAUUCAGAAAAACAGAAGCUUCCUGUGGCCUCCUGUGGAGAGUGGAAAGGAAAAUCUUUAACAGUGGUAAAAACACCGGACUUGUUCAGUUUUCCUGAGCAGAUGGUAGGAAGGAAGCUGAAAAGCUGCACAGAUCUGUGCUUCCCUGGACCAAAUGUACUCCUGCUGCUGGUGAAGCCUUCUGACUUUAAGGAAGAAGACAAAGAGAGACUGAAUUUUAUCCUGAGCUUGUUCGGUCAAGAUGUCUUCAGACACACAAUGGUCAUCAUAACACAUGAGACACUGACAAGUCCUGCAGUGAAUCAGCUGAUUAAAGACUGUGGAGGGAGACAAUAUAAUAUGUUUAAGAGUGAUCGUAAACAGUUAAUGGAGAGUAUUGAGAAAAUUGUGCAUGAGAGCAAAGGAGACUUCCUCACCUUCACUGAAGAAUUCACGAGACCAAAAUCUGAACCGAUCAAACCUCCUGUAAACCUGGUUCUGUGUGGGAGGAGAGGAGCAGAGAAGACUUCAGCAGCCAAGGCCAUUUUAGGUCAGUCAGAGCUUCAUUCAGACUCCACAGGGUGUGUCAAACAUCAGGGAGAGGUGUGUGGACGUUGGGUUUCCCUGGUGGAGCUGCCUGCCUUGUCUGAAAAACCUCAGGAGGCAGUGAUGGAGGAAUCACUCAGGUGUAUCUCCCUCUGUGAUCCUGAGGGUGUCCAUGCCUUCAUCCUGGUCCUACCUGUGGCUUCUCUCACUGAUGAAGACAAGGGAGAGUUAGAGACCAUCCAGAACACGUUCAGCUCUCGAGUCAAUGACUUCACCACGAUUCUGUUCACUGUGGAGUCAGAUCCUGCAGAUCCUGCUGUUGUUGAUUUUGUAAGAAGGGACCCAGAUAUGCAGAAGCUCUGUCAGCGUUUUGGAGGAAGAUUUAACAUUUUCAACAUCAAAGACAAAAAGCAGAUCCAAGAUCUGUUGGCCUCUGUGGAUGAUAUUCAACCAACCUGCUAUACAAAUGCAACAUUUUUACGUGCCCAGAUGGUAAAGAUAUUACAACUUGAGGAGCUAAAACAGAACAAAAUCACCACUGCAACUGAUGAUGAGAAACAGAGGAAAGAGCCUCUGAGGAUUGUGCUGAUAGGGAAGACCGGCACUGGAAAGAGCACUUCCGGAAACACUGUUCUAAAAAAAAAAGUGUUCAAAGCGGCAAAUAGCCCAACGUCAGUCACCAAGCUUUGUCAGAAAGUACACGGUGAAGUGGACGGUCGCCCUGUUGUUGUGGUCGACACUCCUGGCCUGUUUGAUGACAGUCUGUCACAUGAAGAAGUUAAUGAGGAAGUGGUGAAAUGCAUCAGUCUUCUGGCUCCAGGACCGCAUGUUUUCCUGCUGGUGUUACAGAUUGGCAGAUUCACACCAGAGGAGAGGGAGACACUGAAACACAUCAAGAACGGUUUUGGGAAGAAUUCAGAAAAGUUCACCAUUGUGCUUUUUACUGGAGGAGAUUCACUAAAAUAUGACAAAGAGACCAUCGAAGAUUACAUUAAAAGAGGAGGUGAUUCCUUUGAGAAGCUGAUCUCUGACUGUGGAGGAAGAUACCAUGUGUUCAAUAACCAUGAGGAAAAAAAUCACACACAAGUCAGUGAGCUGAUAACAAAGAUUGACACCAUGGUAAAGGAAAAUGGAGGCGGCUGCUUCACCAAUGAGAUGCUGCAAGAAGCUGAAGGAGCGAUCAAGAAGGAAAUGAAGCGAAUCCUGAAGGAGAAGGAAAAAGAGAUGAAGAGAGAACGAGAAGAACUUGAAAGAAAGCAUGAAGAAGAAAUGCAAGAAAUGAAAAGAAGAAUGGAAGAAGAAAAGAAAAAACUUCAGCAGGAAAGAGACCUGAAACUGAAGGAGAUGGAGGAAAAUAUAAAAAAGGAACGUGAGGAGCGAAAUAAAGAAAAGAAAAUGAGAGAAAAAGAGGAUGAAAAACGCAAAAAGGAGGAAGAAGCAUACAGACAAAUUAUGAAAAUGAAACUUCAAAUGCUGGAUAAACAAAUUCAGUCAGAAAAAGAGGAAAAGAAAAAUGUGGACAAAAAACUGGAGGCCAGCAGAGAAGAAAUGAGAAGAAAAAAGGAGGCGUGGGAGAAAGAACAAAUGAAAUGGUGGGAGAAGAAAAGACAAGAUGAUGAAAAGAGACAGCAGGAGGAGAAAGAAAGAAUGGAAAAACUUACAGAAAUUCACAAGCAGAAAAAGGAAAAAUAUGAAAAGAAAAGAGAAGUCGAGGAUCAGAUGAGGAGAGAACAGGAGAAGAAAGAACGAAAACAACUGGAAGAAAAACUGGAGACUCUCGAGAAGACAUAUGAGGAGAAUGCUAGGAAGCAAGCUGAAGAGUUCAAUGAAUUCAGAGAGAAACAAAAAAAGGAGUUUGCAGCUCAGAAGGAGCAUCAUGAGAAGGAAAUGAAAGAUAAAGAUGAGAAGUAUGACCUGCUAACAGCACUCGCAGCUCACAAUGAAAACCAGAGGAGACAAAAAUACCAAGAAGACAUCAGUAACUUAGUGAAGUGUGUGUCCAAGAGGAGUGAAAAUCUGAAAAAAAUCAAAGACUUACUGAUAAAACAUGAUGACCAAAUGAUGACGGUGAAAGAGGAGGAUAAAGAUUAUCUGCAGAUAAUUCAUCAUAGAGAAAUAAGUGAAUUCAUACAGAAACUUCUGAAUGAAGUUGAAACAGGAUCUUCCUGCAGCAUUUUAUGAGGUGAAUUGUGCCUUUUGUCAGAGCUCAGCUUCUUCUGUUUGUGCAUUUAUAGAUGAAAUUUCAGUAGAAAACACCACAUGUUCACAGCAUCAAAUCUUUAAACAGAUUAUGAGUGAUACAUUCUUAAUAUUAGAGGCUGAAUGGACACUUUGUACUACAUGUACUUACAUGUGGAAGCACAACAGAUGAACUGCUUUUGAUUUUCUGAUUGAUCACCUGUACAUGCUGUGCUUGACAUGUGAACAAUCUGCAAUCAGCUGAUGGAUUUUUAUUUUGUUCAUAAUUAGAGUUAAUACAAUAUCAUAAAAGUACAAUCAUAAAAUCCUAUGAGCAGAUAUUUUAUUGCUGAAUGAUUUUUUUUUUUGUCAUUAAGUAAUGUCCUGCACCCGCUCAUAAUGACUGGAUGAUUGUGUCUGUGUGUACUUCAGGGUCAGAUGUGUGAGUUGAGACAUCCUGAAUUAACCUCAUGUCUGUAUUACUGACCUGUCAGCUCAGAUUGUCAGCAUCAGUAGCAUGUAAUAUGAGACUGUGCAGCUGCUGGUUUGUUAUCAAUUUUUCAGUUUUAAAAGUUGAUUGUAAAAAAGAGUUGGUGCCAUAAGCUGCUGUGCUCAUCUUCACCUUUUACUCUGUAUUAUAUCCUGUUUUGUUUUCUUUAGUAUUGCUUUGAGUAUUUGCAGGCAGCAGUUUAUUAAACUUUCUAAAUGUGUGGCUGAGUUAAAUAGAAAAUUUUGCUUUGUCACAGCAAAUAUUCAACAUUGAACAUGACAAUGAUCCUUACUGUUCAUCACAUGAUUAUUAAAAAAUAAAAAUUAUUUCUUUCA